AUGUCCUCUCUACCGCCCGUCACGCCCCCAAUCUCAUCUGCCUUCCCGUCCGAAUCAUACCAACUUCUCCCCGAGACGAGCAAAGCAGGCGCAGCAGAAGACGCCCUGUUCCAGCAACAAGUCAAGGAUGUCGAGGCAUGGUGGGCCUCGCCGAGAUACGCGGGCAUCAAGCGGGACUGGACGGCCGCCGACGUGGUGAGCAAGCGCGGCUCCCUUCAACAGUCAUACCCCAGCUCCGUCAUGGCGCGCAAGCUGUGGAAUCUGGUGCGCGAGCGCGAGGCCGCCGGCCAACCCAUCCACACACUGGGCGCCAUCGACCCGGUGCAAAUGACUCAGCAGGCGCCGCACCAGGAGGUGCUCUACAUCUCCGGCUGGGCCUGCUCUUCGCUGCUGACGACGACCAACGAAGUGUCGCCCGACUUUGGCGACUACCCCUACAACACGGUACCGAACCAAGUCCAGCGCCUGUUCAAAGCCCAGAGCAUGCACGACCGAAAACACUGGUUCCUGAGGUCCAAAAUGACGCCCGAGGAGCGCGCAAAGACUCCGUACAUCGACUACUUCCGUCCCAUCAUUGCCGAUGGCGACACGGGCCACGGCGGGCUGACGGCGGUCAUGAAAUUGGCCAAACUGUUCGCCGAGAACGGCGCGGCGGCGGUGCACUUCGAGGACCAGAUGCACGGCGGCAAGAAGUGUGGGCACUUGGCGGGCAAGGUGCUGGUGCCGACGGGCGAGCACAUCAACCGGCUCAAGGCGGCUCGCUUCCAGUGGGACGUCAUGGGCACCGAGAACCUCGUCAUCGCGCGCACCGACUCGGAGAGCGGCAAGCUGCUAUCCUCGUCAAUCGACGUGCGUGAUCACGAGUUCAUCCUCGGCGUGAGCGAUUCGUCCGUCGGGCCCCUCGCCGAAACGCUCGCCGCCAUGGAGGCUAAGGGAGCGUCCGGUGCCGAAAUCGACGCCUUCGAGGCGCAGUGGGUCAAGAGCACCAAGCUGGUCACCUUUGACGAGGCCGCCGUGGCCCACUUUGCCGCAGAGGGCGUCGAGGAGGCCAAGAUCGACGAGUACCGCCGCGCUGUCGCCGCGGACCGCGACAUGGGCAUCACUGCGCGCCGCAAGCUGGCCGAAUCCUUGACACCCAAUAAACCGGUGUACUGGGAUUGGGACGUGCCGCGCACGCGGGAGGGCUUCUUCCAUUUCCGCGCGGGCAUGGAAGCCGCGACCAAGCGCGCGCUGGCGUUCGCGCCGUACGCAGACAUGCUCUGGGUAGAAACAGGCGACCCCAACGUGGAGGUCGCGACGCGGCUGGGACGCGCGGUCCGGUCGGUUCACCCGGGCAAAGCCCUGGUGUACAACCUCUCGCCGUCGUUCAACUGGAUGGCGCACGGCUUCACGCCCGAGACGCUCAAAAGCUUCAUCUGGGACAUUGCCAAGGAGGGGUUCGUGCUGCAGCUCGUCAGCCUGGCGGGCCUGCACAGCACGGCGGCUGUCAGCAACGAGCUGGCCAGGCGGUUCAAGACGGACGGCAUGGCUGCCUACGUGGAGCUCGUGCAGAAGCGGGAGAAGGACCUCGGCGUCGACGUGCUCACCCACCAGAAGUGGAGCGGGGCGGGCUAUGUGGACGCUGUUUUGGGGCAUAUCCAGAGCGGAAGCUCUGGGAGCAAGAGUAUGGGCGAGGGGAAUACCGAGGGGCAGUUUGUAUGA